GCAGCCUCAACUUGGUCACAGCUCCUCCUAUCCUAUCCAUACCCCCAUUGGCCUCUCCCGCGCGCCUAUAAAUUGGCUUCGUCGUCAUGGGUAUCUACCUCAUCCAUCACACAAGCUAGCUACUAGCUACUAGAAAGUACUUACUGCUCAAUCGGUCGAUGAGGGUGUCAAGCAUGGCGUCCAAGGGUCUCGUUGUGUUUGCUGUCCUGCUUGCUGCGGCUUUCCUCGUGGCCACAGCUGAACAAACUCAGGCCAAGAAGGAAGAAACUAAGGCCGGUGUUCAGGGUUACCACGGCGGCGGCAGCGGAGGCGGUGGCUACCAUGGCGGCGGCGGCGGCGGGGGGUACCCUGGCCACGGAGGCGGCGGCGGCGGCGGGGGGUACCCUGGCCACGGGGGCGGCGGCGGCGGCGGCGGGUACCCUGGCCACGGUGGCGGCGGAGGCGGCGGCGGCUACCCUGGCCACGGUGGCGGCGGCGCCUACCCUGGCCACGGUGGCGGCGGCGGCGGCGGCGGCUGCAGGUACCAGUGCUGUGGGCACGGGCAUGGUGGCUGCCGCUGCUGCGCAAGCCCCAACGAGAUCCCGGAGCCCAUGUAUCGGGCGGAGGUCCGCAACCCACUAGAAGCACUGAAGAAGCAGAGGGUGUCAAGCAUGGCGUCCAAGGGUCUACUUGUGUUUGCUCUCCUGCUUGCUGCUGCUAUCCUCGUCGCCUCAACUGAACAAACUCAGGCCAAGAAGGAGGAGAAGAAAGCCGGCGUAGAGGGCUACGGCGGCGGCGGCGGCGGCGGCUACCCCGGAGGCGGCGGCGGCGGCUACCCUGGAGGCGGCGGGGGAGGCUACCCAGGCCACGGUGGAGGAGGAGGCGGCGGCUAUCCAGGACACGGUGGAGGAGGUGGCGGAGGCUACCCAGGCCACGGUGGAGGAGGCGGCGGCGGCUACCCGGGCCAUGGUGGAGGAGGAGGCGGCGGCGGCUACCCGGGCCACGGUGGAGGAGGAGGAGGCGGCGGCUACCCGGGCCACGGUGGAGGAGGAGGCGGCGGCGGCUACCCGGGCCACGGUGGAGGAGGCGGCGGCGGCUACCCGGGCCACGGUGGUGGCGGCGGCGGUGGCUACCCCGGACACGGCGGAGGCGGUGGCGGCAGUGGAUGUCAAUGGGGCUGCUGCGGUAACGGGUACCAUGGCUGCCGCUGCUGUGCGCGCGCGGACGAGGUCCCGGAGCCCAUGUACCGCGCGGAGGUCCGCAACUGAGCACACGAGGUGCAGCCAUGCAUACGUACCUACGCGUGCGUGCAACUCUGCGUGACGUUGCUCUGCGCACGUAUAGUAAGUUGCUGGUAAAUAUGGUCUCUGAUAAAUAAACUGCGUACGUAUACGUACGAGAGCCCGGUUUGCACUUUGCACAGUGGUGAUCUUGGAGAACCCACCCCUCUGUGUUCUUGUAUGUAAUUAUGUAUAAAUACCCCACUUUAUAUGUGUUCUCCAUGUACUGUAUGUAUCAAUUUCCAUGUUUACUGUUAUGGGAAUAUGUUAUUGUGCAAUAAAAUCACAGAGGAAUAUAGCCAAA